CGACACGAUAUUGCGGUGCGGUUACCUAUCGUUAUAAAUUUUAGUAAUUAAAAUCUAUCGUUAUAUUAAUGUAUUUACAUAUAAUCUAAAAGUUUGAGUAGGCCGAAACGGUGGUUAAGAAAUUGUUUCUACCGAAACUACACGGGCAUCAGUAAUAUAGUCCUCACACACAUCAUCAACGAUGUCCGUCGACAAGGAGGAACUGGUGCAACGCGCCAAGCUGGCGGAGCAGGCUGAGCGAUACGACGACAUGGCGGCCGCGAUGAAAGAAGUCACCGAAACCGGGGUUGAACUCAGCAAUGAAGAAAGAAACCUCCUUUCUGUUGCCUACAAAAAUGUCGUAGGCGCUCGGCGGUCGUCAUGGCGAGUCAUAUCCUCAAUUGAACAGAAAACCGAGGGAUCGGAAAGAAAACAACAGAUGGCAAAAGAAUAUAGGGUAAAAGUAGAAAAGGAGCUCAGAGAAAUCUGCUAUGAUGUACUGGGUUUACUUGACAAACACCUUAUCCCUAAAGCUAGUAAUCCAGAAAGUAAAGUAUUUUACCUUAAAAUGAAGGGAGAUUACUACAGGUACCUCGCAGAAGUGGCCACAGGUGAAACCAGAAAUUCGGUCGUGGACGACUCGCAGAAGGCCUACCAGGAGGCGUUCGACAUUGCUAAGGCCAAAAUGCAACCGACCCAUCCCAUCAGGCUUGGUCUCGCGCUCAACUUUUCCGUAUUUUAUUACGAGAUUAUCAACUCUCCUGCGCGAGCUUGCCACUUAGCUAAACAGGCUUUCGAUGACGCGAUCGCGGAACUGGACACAUUAAACGAGGACUCGUACAAGGACUCGACCCUCAUCAUGCAGCUGCUGCGAGACAACCUGACGCUGUGGACGUCAGACACGCAGGGCGACGGCGACGAGCCCGCCGAGGGCGGCGACAACUAAGCGCCCCGCCUCAUCCCCAGCACACGCAUUUGUUCUCAUCGGUGUUUUAUAAGAAAACGAGUAACAUUCGAGAACGCCGCGCGGCGCCUGUCGCGAGUCGUCGCUUGUAUAAAAUGUUAAAAAAUGUCGUUCGCAGCGGACCUUUGCGAUCCGUCUCAAAUUAAAUGUUAUGUGUCAUCUUUGACGGUUUUGUAUUUCUGUAUUUACACUGGAUUACAGAUAUCGAGCUGACCUGAUGAAUAUAAAUAUUUAUAACUUAAGUUAUUAAAAUUACGGUUUCUUAAGUUAAAAGUGUUUUCCUUUAAAAUAUAGUGUAAUAACAGCCCGGUCGGCCCCCCAAAUAUAACAUUCCUUUCGCCGCAUGUCCGCAGUGAAAUGGAGAUCAUGAUGAUGAAUGUUUUAAAAUUAUGCAAUUAGUUAUUAUAUUUAAACAUUGUUAAAUUACGCCCAAUAACCCGAUGAAGUUUAGAUUUUCAUAAGUAAUAAAUCGCAACUGUACAUAAUGGCUGUAUUUAAAUUAGGGCACAAAAAACUUGUUAGUGUCUGUUUAUGUGGUUUUUGUGAUGUCCUUGACCAUUAAUAAAUUAACCAAAGGAAUACUUAUUAUUGACAUUAACCAUUUUAUUGUGCCCAUCACCAAUUUAAGCAUUCUGAAAUUUUCAGGCAUUUAUUAGCAAAAUAGAUUUUGUGAUGGACAAAUAUUGUAAACAUUUCUGCUGCAUUUUAUCAGCCAUUAAUCUAUUAUAUUUUUCAUGUUUUCACCAAUAAACUUUUGUAUUAAAUAC